AGGGGUUCCUUCCCUCGCUGAGGCGACCUAACAGAGGCGCCGCGCCGCGUCGUGGCGCCUUCCAGCGCCGCGGCCUGGCCUGCCGGGCCCGCCUUCCCCGCCGGCGCCGCCUGCCUCGCCUCGCCCGCUGCGGGGGCAGGACAGGAGGCGGGAUGCGGUGGCCGCGCCCGCGGUCUCCCCUGGCCGUGGCGGCCUUCCUCCUUCCUGCUAGUCGCGCUGCAGCCGCCGCCAUGGCCCAGCUCCGCGCCUCCUCUUCGACGGCCUUCGACUACCUGGUGCUGGGAGGCGGCUCGGGCGGCCUGGCCAGCGCUCGGCGGGCGGCGGAGCUCGGCGCUCGGGUGGCCGUGGUGGAGAGAGGGCGGCUCGGCGGCACCUGCGUGAGUCCCGGGGCGGGGAGCGGGUUGGCGGGCGCUGAGGAAACUUGGCCUGGAGGAAGCACGGCGCCCGGGAAGGUUGGACGGCCCUCUGUGGCUUAUGGUGGAGUUGGAAGGCCUGCCUUGCAGCGGGUUGGACUAGAUGACCCUUGGAGAUCCUUCCAAUUUUAUUAUUCUGUGAAACGCACUGCAAAGGGAGGUUGGGCGGCCGCCUGUCGUGUAUGAUCCAGCUGAAAUUCUUGCAUUGAAGCGGGUUGGGCUAGAUGACCCUUGGAGCCCCUUCCAAUUUUAUUCUGUGAAACGCACUGCAAAGGGAGGUUGGACAGCCACCUGUUGUGUAUGAUCUAGCUGAGAUGCUUGCAUUGUAGGGGGUUGGGCUAGAUGACCCUUGGAGCUCCUUCCAAUUUUAUUCUGUGAAACGCACUGCAAAGGGAGGUUAGACAGCCGCCUGUCGUGUAUGAUCCAGCUGAAAUUCUUGCAUUGAAGCGGGUUGGGCUAGAUGACCCUUGGAGCCCCUUCCAAUUUUAUUAUUCUAUGAAACGCACUGCAAAGGGAGGUUGGACAGCCACCUGUUGUGUAUGAUCUAGCUGAGAUGCUUUCAUUGUAGGGGGUUGGGCUAGAUGACCCUUGGAGCCCCUUCCAAUUUUAUUAUUCUGUGAAACGCACUGCAAAGGGAGGUUGGAUGGCCGCCUGCCGUGUAUAAUCCAGCUGAGAUUCUUGCAUUGAAGCGGGUUGGGCUAGAUGACCCUUGGAGCCCCUUCCAGCUCUACAAGCCUAUGAUUAUAUGAAGCUGAACAGUGGUCCCUCUAGCUCAGUGUUGUCAACACAGACUGACAACGGGCUCUACAGGGUGUCUCCCAGCCCCUGCCUGGGGAUUGAACCCUGGGACCUCCCUGUGUGCAAGUCAGGAGGGCAUCUCUCAGGUGUUAAUUGCCCCACGCCCCACACUUAAGGAUGACCAGGAGCACAGGAAAGUUGUAAUAAGAACAUUAAUCUGUUUUCUAUUUUUUAUUUCCUUGUGCACACACACACACACACACACACAUACACAUGCAUGCAGACACACACACACACACUGAACUUGGAAAGAGGAACAGAGGAAAUGUGUGCAUGCAUUUGACAGAGAGAGAAGACCACUGUGUGUUAUCUUUAGGUCUAGUUCUUUAGGCAGAAAUUAUGACUUAGAUUUUAGGAUGUUCCAUACGCUGCCCUCAUGUGCCAGCCCUAGUAGCUUUACAUUUCAAAUGGCUCAGGGGAAAGGAAACAAAAAACCUGAAACUUUGAAUUAAUGAAAGAGUGCUUUCACUGUUUUCUGCAUGCCAAGCGUUAUUUCUGUGCCCCAAAAUGUGGUACACUUCACAAUGUUGUGUAUCAUCCUUGCAAAAGGACCACAUGUCCAUAGAAAUACUUAACUAACUGAUCAAUCACGUUGGUUCUGCCCCUGCCCCCAAGUCCUGCCCUACCUAACAAAAAUCCUGGCUAUGCCUGUGCGACAUGUCAGUUAUUAUGGUAGUGGUUUAAAAGUCCUGGGAAGACCAGGAUUUAAAUCUCCCCCUCAGCUAUAAAGCUCACGGGUGGACUGUGGACCAAUCUCUGUCUCUCAGCCUAAUCUACAGGGUUGUUGUGAACAUAAAAUGGGGGGGGGGAGUCAUGUAUCUUUUUAAAGCUUUGUUUUUAUUAAAUAUUUUCUUGGGUUACAAAAGUACACACAGUGUAUCUGCUUUCAGUUCACAGAGUCCUUUCUACAGAUCAGUUUGAUCUCCUUUUAGGAAAGACAUGAUAUAAAUGUAAUUUUUAAUCAUGUGUUUGUUGCCAUCCUUUCUGGGUUCUUGAUUUGUGAGGGCCAGGUUACACAGUUGUCCGUGAUGAAGGGUACAUUUUAACCUUCUUGUAAUAUUCCCAAGUGUCACCAUUUCUUUUUCCCAGUUGGAACGAAUGGCUGUAACCAUUUAAUUAUAUGGAAGCAGAGCCUGUCGGGUGACACCACAAAAAGUGUGGUGCUAAACUUGCUCUCUUCCUCUGAGGUCCUCUUCUGCUGAAAAUCAAGUAAUUGAGAAUCAUGUCUUGUUUCUUUCUGCGAAGGCCCAUUCUGAGUUCUGUUUCUUGGUCACGUGACUGAAUAUAAAGAACACAUCUGCUUCCAAGGAGCUUGCUACAGAAAUUCAACAAUGGAGGAGGCAACUGUUAUAUUUAUAAUUGCGAUACCUCAUAUUUAUUGUAGCCAAAUCUUUGUUUCUUAAAUGUGUAGGCAACAUUGUAACCAAGGCUUUGGAAGCAAUUAACUCAUACAAAGAUAUGUAUGUAACAUGUUAUACAAGACAACAAUAAAAUCCAAAUCUAAAAUAGUUUUGUUAGUCAGCAAUACAAUUCCAUCUCAUGCCGGAAUCCAGUACUUCACGUACAUUAUCUCAGCCACCCUUACAAGAGGGUAGGUCAAGUACCUUACAAGUAAGGUAGGUCACUUAUAAUCUCCAUAUUUAUUGAAUCCAGGUAAGGAAAAUACUUCCUUCACACAGUCCAUUGUUGAACUAUGGGAUUUGCUACCUCAAAAUGUAAGGAUGCCCACCAGCUUAAAUGUUUUUAAGAGGGGAUUUGACAAAUUUAUGGAGGAUAAAGAUAGCAGUGCCUACCACUCAUGUUGGCUGUAUAUUAGGGCAGUAUGCCUCUGAACUACUGUAAUAAAGAAAUAAUUAGAAGCUAUCCAUAACAAAUUAUCUUGUAACCUGUUUGUGCAUGUUUGCUAAAUACUUGCUUAGUAUCGUUGGCGCUUGACACUGCUUAUUUUUCGUUUUCAGGUGAAUGUUGGAUGUGUUCCUAAAAAGGUAAAAACAAACCGUUUAAUGUGUCACUAUUAACUUGUUUUAUUUUAUUUUAUUUUUAAAUUGUGUGAAGUGAAAACUCAGCGGCAGUAACAGCUAGAAAUGGUUUUAAAGUAUAUUCUUAGGCUCUCUGCAUGUGUCAGAUUGCUACCCAAGGAGACCAUUGUCUUCUAAAUGCAGAUGAACACAAGAAAAUGGCCAGAUCACUCAAAAAGCAUCUGCCUUUUUGCUUAUGUGUGAUUUUGUAUGGGAGGGGCACUUGGCACAGUGUGGUCUGGCAUACUGCUUCUCUUCUAGAAAGAACUGUUAUCAGAGUGCUAUUCUAACUCUCUCCCUGAUGUUGAUGCUGCUGAAAGUGUUGGGAUGCAACUCAGUUGCAUUAAGGCUGCUGGGUUUCCAUGGCCAGAAAGUAGGUGGACAGGAACCGCCAAGCCUCCUAGACUUGUCUUUCUGAAUGAAUCUGUGCUGACCUUUCCUCAGUUGCUACACUGAUACUCUCAGGGUGUUUAUACUUUUUCUUUGUCCCACCUUGGAGGAGUAGACAUAUUUCCUUUUGUCUGCCCUGUAGAAAGAUAAAAGAGCAAGCAUGGCUUUCUGCAUUUCCAUCCUAGAUUUUUUGAAGUAGAUUUCUUCCUAUCCAACAUGUAUUUCCUAUACAGUCAAACCUCAGUUCCUGAAUGGGUCCGUUUUGGAACGUUUCGGCUCCCAAACGUCGAAAACCUGGAAGUAAAUGCUCUGAUUUUCAAACAUUUUUUGGAAGCUGAAUGUCCGACACGGCUUCCGCUUGAGUGCAGGAAGCUCUUGCAACCAAUCGGAAGCUGCACUUCAUUUGUCAAACGUUUCGGAAGCCAAAUGGGCUUCCAGAACAGAUUACAUUCAACAACCGAGGUUUGACUGUAGUAAACUUAGCAUUCUUAUUUUCCAUACUGAGUUUCAGUUUGAUUGCAUUGAGGGCAAAGCGUACUCUUCAAAGCAGAGAUUUCAGUGCACAGUUCAACUUUUGCUGAUACAUAUACAUAAACCCAACGCUCGGGUUGUGAACGUGAUCCGUGCGGGAUGCACGUUCGCAACUUGCAGCGGUGCGUCUGCACAUGCGCAGGUUGUGGCUCGGUGCUUCUGCGCACACACAAAACACGAUUUAGCACUUCUGCGCAAGCGUGACUGCCGAAACCCGGAAGUAACCUGUUCCAGUACUUCCAGGUUUCAGCGGUCCGUAACCCGAAAAAACACAAACUGAAGCAUCUGUAACCCGAGGUAUGACUGUAUUAUUUAUUUAGUUUUUCAAAUUAAAAUUUUACAAUUGCAAACAUCAACAUAAAGACAAGAUUCCAGAUAAUAAAAUAAAUGCUGUCAGAUGGCUGGGGGGAUGUUAGAUGGCAUGUAAAAGACACCAUGUGUCUUUCCACUUCACUGGUUGUCCUACCAGUGGGGGGUGGGGUCCCAGAGACUUGAGGUCUGCUAGACCUAAGCCUUAUAGAUCACUCCAGGGACUCUUCCUUGGGGACUCCCCAUCUAUGUCAGGCGUGAGCUGUUGCAGAAAAAGAAAGAAAAAGACAACUGCCUUUAUACCCUUGGCCAUUGUGAGCUGGUGUGGUUUCGUAUACACGGGGGGGGGGGGGGAGCCAUCGCUUCGCUUCUCCGCUGUCUAAUUUAGGAUUGCUGUUACUCCUGCUAAGUGCCUAAUUUCCCAAGGCUCUUCUGGCUGAUCCGGUUCUGAGGGGUUGAGAAGCCAACAUUGCAAUGUAUGAAGCAAGCGUCCUUUAUUGUUAGAAAGAAACCGUUGCUGGUUUUUCUCUUGCCUUCUCCAUGAACAGACUCAAAUAUGGACUUAAGAAAUUGCAUUGGCGUGUUUUGAUGGGAAGACAGUCAAAAUAGCCUGACGCAGUGAUGCUCAUUUGGGGAAAAUAAAAUGAAAAAGAAAUCUUUGGAUCAUAAUCGUUUAAUAGAAAAUUGAAGGCUGGUAUCUCCAUCCAAUGCAGACAGUGGAUGCUUCCAAGUAGCCGCAGGGAGGCUGGCAAAUUGGAGCGUGCCCUUUGCCUAGAAGCCAUCCUUUGGGCAAAGCAGAGUUGUAAAUGGCAGGUUAGGGGCUGUUGACUGAAGAUACAGGUCUCCUGUCCCACUGACUCUGGGAGUAAGUGGGGAUCUUUCAGACUAUUCUUGAUUAAAAAAAAAAGCUUUUAGUUACCAGGAGAAGAACUGCUUUAGAGAAAGACUGAGUGAAUUUAAAAUUGAGUUUUUAAAGUAUUUUGCAGACUACAGAACAUGCCUAGUGGGUUACGUUUAUCAUGGUGGGUUGCAAGUUGUGUGGGCCUGAUAUGUCUAAACUGCUGUCCCAAUGUAAAAUCCUUUAUGCGUUAUACCUCCCCCCACCCCCGUCAACAUAUCAAAAUGUUUAUUCACAUUAUCCUGCAUUAUACAAUAAAUAGUGGUGUUUGGUUUUUCAUUUAUUUUUAAAUUAAACCCUGGAUGUUCUCACUGCACCCUCCCCUCCCCAAACAGGUGAUGUGGAACACUGCUGUCCACUCUGAAUUCAUCCAUGAUCAUGCAGAUUAUGGUUUUGAAGUAUCCGACGUGAAGUUUAACUGGCGGUAAGUCAGGUUAAAAUUCCUUUCUGUGGAAAUAAAUAUGCACCAUCAGACUAAUGCGAUGAGUGGGGUACAAUUUGCUAAGAGGUUCUGAUAUGCUUGCCCCACUGAAUUGAGUGGAAGAUGGGCGAAAUAUUUGGAGCAUCAUUGAUAGUAGCUGAAUGUACCCCAUUCAUCAGAUUUCCUCCAAUCUACUAUAAGGUAUUUAUAUUCUUGUCCCAUUGAAAUGCACAAGGCUGUCUUUUGACAGCAAAGCAGCUCAGUCAAUGGAGAAAAAAGUUUGAAGCUUUUAAAAACUGGCUCAUCUUCUGGUUUUAUUAUUUUGGCUUUAUAAACAGUUGGCUACUGGCUUUAUAAACAGUUCUGCCUACCCAAUGUACCUGCAUUUUGAUUUUUUUUGAUGGGAUGUAAAUUCCUAAAGCAAAUAAUGAAUGGGGAUUUGAAAGGAGGGACAAGGUUAGGUUGUGGUUUUUUUGAGCCAUAGUUUUGCUAGUGCAAGAGAGAGAUAAUUUUGUCACACAAAACUUAUUUUAUUACAGAGUAAUUAAGGAAAAGCGUGAUGCUUAUGUGAAACGACUGAAUGAUAUCUAUCAAAAUAAUUUGAACAAGGUUUGUAAAUGUUCCUGUUUUGCACCUCAACCGAUCGUUAAGCCUCUUUCCUCCAGCUGCAAGCAAUGAGUUUCACAGUAUAGAAUCUAGAGGGCUCUGCUGGUUCAUCUUACUCCUUUGAGACAACCAUCCUUCGCUCUUGGAAAUAUAUUCCUUUUAGUUUCAGAGCACAGCACUUUUGUAAAAUCUCUCUCACCAAUCCGGAAAUGCUUUAGGAUUUGCAGCCCCGCCUCUGAGAAUGUCUUAGCCCUAUCCACAUUGCUAAUAUAUGUUGAUUUUAUAUCAGUCUUUUUUUUCUAUCUGUCAUAGGUUCUGUAAGUAACCCUGGGAAGUAUAGUUUGUAUGCUGAGGGUACAAAGAAUUAUCUAUUUGAAAUCCUAAUUCCCCUAGAGAAGUGUGGCUAGAGAUAGUAAUGAAUUUAAGUCUGUAUUGUAAGCAUGCCCUUAAUUCUACCUGCUCUUUCAGUAUAGAACAGGCUUCCUCAACCUCAGCCCUCCAGAUGUUUUGAGACUACAAUUCCCAUCAUCCCUGACCACUGGUCCUGCUAGCUGGAGGGCCGAGGUUGAGGAAGCCUGGUAUAGAGGUUUCUCUGAAUUUAUGACAAAAUAUAUAGGAGAGCUUUGGAUAACCAGGUAGCACUGUGAUAACAUAGGGAAUAGCUAAAAUGUCUUGUGAAAUUCUUUAUCUGGUCUUUGGAUUGACGUAUAGAUUGACAGCUCAUUUUCAACUUAAUUUCAUUAGUCCAAUGUAGAAACUAUUCGUGGUGAUGCUUCGUUCACACCUGAUGGCAAAUGCACGAUUGAAGUGGAUGGUAAAAAAUACACAGCACCCCAUAUCCUGAUUGCAACUGGUGGGCAGCCUUCAGUCCCCAGUGAAAGUGAGGUACCGGGUAAGUCAUUUACAUGCCACAUUUUUUGCAAACACAACGGUUUCUCAAAGCAUUUUAACUGUCAAAGAACCGUAUCCCAAUAAUAACAAUACAUAAUGAAAAUUACGAUAUCACAACAAUGUGACGCUAAAAAUUCAGUGGUUGAAAGUUCAUUUAACAUACAUCAAAGUUUAAAUGAGCAUAUAGUUCAGAAAUAGAAAUAUCUAGUAACUUCACAUCCAAAAAUAGCCCAAAGCUAAUGACAUCAUCAUCAUUAUUGCCCUGUUCCUAGGGCUGGGUGAUGUAUCGAUAUAUUGUCCGAAACAAAGUCCAUAUUGUGAUAUCGGUUUCAUAAUUUUUGACCUGGCAGUAUAUUAUGACUCGUGUUGUGUGUGUGUGCGCGCGCAUGCGCUAUGCAAAAAUCACAAUGUGGGGAAAACCGCAAAGUCUGCCAAUGCCUCUACAUAGCUCCAUCCUUAUUUCACAGAUUGUGAUAUAUUGAUAUGUCAUGAUAUUUUGCAGGUCACAAGGUUGAAAAACAGAUAUCACCCAGCCCUACUGUUCACCUCUACAUAGUUCCAUCCUUAUUUCCAACAUCGUGAUACAUCAUUAUAUUGCGAUAUUUAGCUGGUGAUACAUUGUGAUGUUGAAAACCAGAUAUCACCCAGCCCUACUUGUUACCUCCCCCCAUUUUAUUCUAAAAGGCAAGAAUCUCAUCAAGACUUUUCUUGGGCGCAGCUCCCUUACGAAGGCUCCUUAGAUGGAGGGUGAGCUAAAGCAAAUGGAAAUAGCUCUCUCCGUCCUGUGAUUAGGAAAGAUCUAAAAAAGCUGAUAUGACAGUUGAGCUUCUUGCUUCAAAAGAUUAAGCAAUAACUUUCUGUACUUUGUAAUAUUAAUCCUUGGCAAACGCAGUUGCCGUCAUUGCCUGUGCUGCUCGUUGUGUUUUGCUGAUCUUUGGGGAAUACAUGCAUUUUUCAGGAAUGUUCCUCCUCUCCCCCUCUCCCUGUUAAUUAUUAAGGGUCAUAAAUGUACACGGAGUAAUUUUUGAAAAGUCCAGCAACCCCUGGCCCAAGGAACUUACAAUUUCAGGAUUGCUGCGGACAUAAUUGUGGGAGUGCAUUCGCCACAUUUUUUAGAUGUUUACCAUCUUCGCCCCAGUUUAGGAGAAGCCUGUUUUUCCUGCUUGCAGUAUUGAAUUGUAUUGUAUGCAGCUGUUCUGCAUUAGUGAAUGAGCUGUAAGAAAAGUUGAAUAUUUGCAUAGCUAAGAUCUAUUUAUACAUAAGUGGACUUUGAUAUUCAGGGUAGUGUCUCAUUGCUUUGCAGGGGCCAGCUUGGGAAUUACUAGUGAUGGUUUUUUUGACCUUGAAGAGCUGCCCAAGUAAGUUGCCAAUCUAGGGUGAACCUGUUCUCAGUUUCCACAUCGUAAUGGAGAUUAUUUGAGAAAUAGAGCAUGCUGGCUGUGGGUUACUGUGCGAUAGGCGGGGUGAGGCGGGGCUCACGUAAUAAUAAUAAUAAUAAUAAUAAUUUAUUAUUUAUACCCCGCCCAUCUGGCUGGGCUUCCCCGGCCACUCUGGGCGGCUUCCAAAAUAAUAUUAAAAUACUAUAAUACAUCAAACAUUAAAAGCUUCCCGAAACAGGGCUGCCUUCAGAUGUCUUCUAAAAGCCUGGUAGUUGUUGUUCUCUUUGACAUCUGGUGGGAGGGUGUUCCACAGGGAAGGCGCCACUACCGAGAAGGCCCUCUGCCUGGUUCCCUGUAACUUGGCUUCUCGCAGUGAGGGAACCGCCAGAAGGCCCUCAGUGCUGGACCUCAGUGUCCGGGUAGAACGAUGGGGGUGGAGACGCUCCUUCAGAUAUACUGGACCAAGGCCGUUUAGGGCUUUAAAGGUCAGCACCAACACUUUGAAUUGUGCUCGGAAACGUACUGGGAGCCAAUGUAGGUCUUUCAAGACCGGUGUUAUGUGGUCUCUGCGGCCGCUCCCAGUCACCAGUCUAGCUGCCGCGUUCUGGAUUAGUUGUAGUUUCCGGGUCACCUUCAAAGGUAGCCCCACGUAGAGCGCAUUGCAGUAAUCCAAGCGGGAGAUAACCAGAGCAUGCACCACUCUGGCGAGGCAGUCCGCAGGCAGAUAGGGUCUCAGCCUGCGUACCAGAUGGAGCUGGUAAACAGCUGCCCUGGACACAGAUUUGACCUGUGCCUCCAUGGACAGCUGUGAGUCCAAAAUGACUCCCAGGCUGCGCACCUGGUCCUUCAGGGGCACAGUUACCCCAUUCAGGACCAGGGAAUCCUCCACACCUGCCCGCCUCCUGUCCCCCAAAAACAGUACUUCUGUCUUGUCAGGAUUCAACCUCAAUCUGUUAGCCGCCAUCCAACCUCCAACCGCCUCCAGGCACUCACACAGGACCUUCACUGCCUUCACUGGUUCUGAUUUGAAAGAGAGGUAGAGCUGGGUAUCAUCUGCAUACUGAUGAACACCCAGCCCAAAUCCCCUGAUGAUCUCUCCCAGCGGCUUCAUGUAGAUGUUGAAAAGCAUGGGGGAGAGGACAGAACCCUGAGGCACCCCACAAGUGAGGGCCCAGGGGUCUGAACACUCAUCCCCCACCACCACUUUCUGAACACGGCCCAGGAGGAAGGAGCGGAACCACUGUAUAACAGUGCCCCCAGCUCCCAGCCCCUCAAGACGGUCCAGAAGGAUGUUAUGGUCGAUGGUAUCAAACGCCGCUGAGAGAUCCAGCAGAACUAGGAAACAGCUCUCACCUUUGUCCCUAGCCCGCCGGAGAUCAUCAACCAGUGCGACCAAGGCAGUUUCAGUCCCAUGAUGAGGCCUGAAUCCCGACUGGAAGGGAUCCAAAUGGUCCGCUUCUUCCAGGCGUGCCUGGAGUUGUUCAGCAACCACUCGCUCAAUCACCUUGCCCAAGAAUGGAAGAUUUGAGACUGGGCGAUAGUUGGCUAUCGUGGCCGCAUCUAAAGAUGGUUUUUUAAGAAGCGGUUUAAUAACCGCCUCUUUCAGCGGGUCUGGGAAGGCUCCCUCACGGAGGGAAGCAUUCACCACCCCACGAAGCCCAUCGCCCAGUCCUUCCCGGCUAGCUUUUAUAAGCCAGGAUGGGCAAGGAUCAAGGAGGCAAGUGGUUGGUUUCACUCGUCCAAGCAGCCUGUCCACAUCCUCGGGGGUAACAGAUUGGAAUUGAUCCCACACAACUUGACUAGACAGGACUCUAGCACUCUCCCGCCCCGGCCCUGCUCCCACGGUGGAGUCUACCUCUUCUCGAAUCUGAGCGACUUUAUCUGCAAAAACUUUGCAAAGUCAUUGCAGGAGAUCAUGUGGCCGCUACUGGGCCCUGAUGGAGCAGGUGGUUCCGCUAAAUUGCGAACCACCUGAAAGAGUCUCCUGCUGCUGUUUUCCGCAGAUGCAAUAGAGGCGGUGAAGAAAGUCUUCUUCGCCGUCGCUAUCGCCACUUGGUAGGCUCGACAUUGAGCUCUAACCCGUGUCCGGUCAGAUUCAGAAUGGGUUAUCCGCCACCGGCGCUCUAGCCGUCUCAACGAUUGUUUCAUUGCCCUCAGAUCCGUGGAAAACCACGGGGCUGUCCGGACUCCAUGCAAUCGGAGAGGGCGCUUUGGAGCCAAACAGUCAAUAGCCCUGGUUAACUCCACAUUCCAGCGGGCCACCAGGGAAUCAGCUGAAAGGCCAUCAACAUGGGAUAAAACAUCCCCUACCACUCUCUGGAAACCAUUUGGAUCCAUUAAGUGGCGGGGGCGGACCAUCUGAAUCGGUCCCGCCUCCCUGCAGAGGGGAAGGGUCACGGAGAAGUCCAGUUGCACCAGGAAGUGAUCUGACCAUGGCACUUCUUUGGUUUCGCUUUUACUUAAUGUCAGAUCACCAACAUCCAUAGAGGUGAACACCAGGUCUAAGGCAUGCCCGUGGCUAUGAGUUGGGCCAGACUUAUUCAGGGACAGCCCCAUGGAGGCCAUGCUUUCCACGAAGUCCCGAGCGGCCCCUUGUAAGGUCGUGUCGGCAUGGAUGUUAAAGUCCCCUAGGACAACCAAACUAGGUGUCUCCAGGAGGACAUCCGCCACGACCUGAAGCAGCUCGGGCAGGGAAUCCUUGGUGCAGCGGGGAGGUCGGUACACCAAUAGGAAUCCUGUACUGCCCCUAUUGCCCAACUUCCAGAACAUGCACUCAGAGAACUGGGUCUUUCCAAUAGGACGCCUGGUGCAAACUAAUGACUUCCUAAAAAUCACUGCAACCCCCCCUCCCCGCCCACAAGGCCUGGGUUGCUGUGCGUAAGAGAAACCUGGUGGACAAGCAGCGGCAAGGACGGGCCCAUCUGCUUCAUCCAACCAGGUCUCUGUCACACAUGCCAGAUCAAAUCCUCCAUCCACAAUCAGGUCGUGGAUGGCAGAGGUUUUAUUCAUCAUUGACCUGGCAUUGCACAGCAACACUUUCAGGUCAUGUGGGUUUCCCUUGUUGAUUCCAGUAUCCUUCCGGUCAGGACCAGACCUGGAGGCAGGGAUAGUCCUCAAACAACGACUAAGCCUGCUUCCUCGGUAAUGACAUGGUCUGGUCUUAGCGUAACUCCUCCUCCUACCCGUGAUCACCGAGAUCGGUUGUCCGAGUGCAUCCCCCCCUGUGGAACCUGCCCCAGCCAUUUUGUUUGCUGGGACCCACUCCCAGGCAGCCCUGACCCCUCCCCUUAAACGUACAUCCCUCAAAUGUCUAUAAAUAUCUUAAGUGCAGGAAAAAGGCUAGUGAGUUCCCUCAUAGUGCUGUAUUUAUUGUUGCAAGUUGCAGAAUUGCUAAAGAUGCCCCAUAUAGCAUCUGGUCAUUCCAGAUGCAUUUCAGGUAUUAGUCUAGAGCUAGAUUAGAGCCUUUGUUCCUUUUGUUGCCUGAGAAAAAUCUGUGGGCAAAAUCCAGACAAAUUAAAGCACUUGCAAACACAAUUAAUUUUAAUGCAAGAGGGCUUAAGUAUGUGCCUAACAGUGCAUUACGUGCAUUGUAAGUCCUAUUGAAUUAAGUGAGGCUUGCUUCCAUUAGGGAAGUAGGUAGAAGUUUGCACCCAGUCUUCCAUUGAAAGCAAUGGGGUUUACAAGUGCUUAACAGUGGCUGAAUUGCACCUAAAGGAGGUUUACCUUACUGGCUGGUUUUAUGUAGUACUAAAAUUGGAGGUUGUAGAGUUCAGGCUCCUUCAUGCAACAGCUGUUCUUUUCGAUUGUCCCAAUCCUACUUUCUGGGUUGCAUCUCAGAAUAGCAAGAAUCAGCACAAAGUCUCAUGUCUGGCUUGUAAAUAGAUGUUUUGACACAUUGGUUUGGGGAGAUACGUGAAACCUAUAAAAUUCUUGUUUAGGAGCAGUUGAAUAUCAUUGCAAAACAUUCCUCCUCAUCCCUUCUAAUGACUUGUUCGUUCACACACACACACGGUUUGCUCUGUAUUGGCACUGUUUGUGUUUUGAGAAAAGUUUAGCAGGCUUGUGGUGGUGUGGUUUGCAAAUCAGUGCAGCAAAAUGCUCAAUUUGAGUCAUUAAGUUAAUUAAAAUCAACCAAACUUUCAUAGAAUUAUUUGGUCAUUUAUAAAACGCACACAGCAUGUAGCCAAAUGUUUGCUAGUGCUUCUGCACUCAUUGGCCAGAACUCUGGAAGAUGGGAAGAGGUUUACUUUCAUCUGAACACGUGUAGUUGCCCAGAUGUCUAUAGGAAACCCACAGGUGGAACAUGAGAGCGAUAGCCCUCUCUUGCUGUUAUUCCCCAGCGACAGGUACUAAGAGGUAUGUCUCUGAUCUUGGAAGUAGCAUAUAGAUUUCAUGACUAGAAGCUAUUGAUAGCAUAGUCCUCCCUCCAUGCAUUUGUCCAAUUCCCUUUUAGGACCAUCUAGGGACACGGGUGGCGCUGUGGGUUAAACCACAGAGCCUAGGACUUGCCGAUCAGAAGGUCGGCGGUUUGAAUCCCCGCAACGGGGUGAGCUCCCGUUGCUUGGUCCCUGCUCCUGCCAACCUAGCAGUUCAAAAGCACACCAAAGUGCAAGUAGAUAAAUAGGUACUGCUCCGGUGGGAAGGUAAACGGUGUUUCCGUGCGCUGCUCUGGUUUGCCAGAAGCGGCUUAGUCAUGCUGGCCAUAUGACCUGGAAGCUGUACGCCUGCUCCCUCGGCCAGUAAAGCGAGAUGAGCGCUGCAACCCCAGAGUCAUCCGUGACUGGACCUAAUGGUCAGGGGUCCCUUUACCUUUACUUAAGGAUGACUAUCACUACAUUUUGAGCAGCAGCUUCCAUAGUUUUAACUGUCUGCUGAGUGAAGAUCCUGACUGCCUCAGUAGAAGAAGAAGAAGAGUUUGGAUUUGAUAUCCCGCUUUAUCACUACCCUAAGGAAUCUCAAAGUGGCUAACAAUUUCAUUUCCCUUCCUCCCCCACAACAAACACUCUGUGAGGUAAGUGGGGCUGAGAGACUUCAGAGAAGUGUGACUAGCCCAAGGUCACCCAGCAGCUGCAGGUGGAGGAGCGGGGAAGCAAACCCGGUUCCCCAGAUUACGAGUCUACCGCUCUUAACCACUACACCACACUGGCUCUGAGUACGAGGCACUCAGGCAAAGCAUAGCUAAGGGUGCAGUAGAAUAUGUUUCCAACAGGAACUUCGUAGGGUGUGUGAGAUAUGGCUCAAAACCCGUUAUUCUUUCAGGCGCAGUGUUGUCGUCGGUGCUGGAUACAUAGCUGUGGAGAUAGCUGGCAUUCUUUCAGCCCUGGGUUCAAAGACGUCCUUACUGAUACGUUAUGGUGAGGUAAGGCACAAUCACUUUUUCAUUGUACUGACUGCUCUGCUGUAUAUUGGCCAAUGCAAUAAAAAGCAAGGCUUGGGCUCUGUUGUGCACGCUUUUAAUUCCUUGCACUGAUUGGCUGGGCAAGGAAGCACUCAUCCGGCAAGAUGGACACGCAAGAAGACUGUGCCCAGAACUCUGAGUAAAAAGGCAUUUAAAAAUGAGCCAGAGAGUGAUUUCUUUAUACCUUCUUUUUUAAAAAAAGUAAUAUUUAUUUUGCUUUAAACAUAUAUAGAUAAAUAUAAACAACCAAAAUUACAAAAGAAAAAUACUUAGUAAUAAUAAUGGAAAAGGCUAAAAAAAGCUACAAAAUAUAUCAAAUACAUGGCAUAGAACAUAAGCCAUUAUGGGAAAGAAAAAAGGAAAAGGAAAGGAGAAGGAGAAGGAAGAAAAAAAAUGGGAGGGAGAAAAUGAGACAAAGCACAAGAAGGCUCGUCUAUUGUACGCUUCCGUCAAGGUCACAACAGAUCAUUAUUCUUAUCAGUUCUCUCUAUUUGCAUUCCAUAGAAUCCCUCAUCUUUGUAUCAGGAACAUUUCCCUAUGCGGUAUCAUUCUAAACAUAACCAGGUCUUUAUUGAUGAACCCUUAUCCCCUAGAUAAUUAUUUAAACAUUCCCAUUCUUCUUUCACCAUCUUUUUAGGUUUAUCUCUUAUUGCAUCUGUCAGCUUUGCGAGCUCCAAGUACUCGCACAAUUCAACUACCCAUUCAUCUUUAGUGGGUGUAUUUUUAUCUUUCCAGUGUUUUGCCACUAUAACCCUUGCUGCUGACAUCACAUACAUAAAUAACCUGGUUUUGUUUAUACCUUCAUUCCAGUAAGCCAACACUGGCCUCUGUCCCUCUUUCCUUCCCUCUCCCCUCUGAUGCCCUCUCACAUCUCUGCCUCCCAAAGGCACACACAGCUGUUUAUUGCAGCAGCCCUGGCUACAAGCUCCGCAGGUGAAUGGUGCUUCUGGGGCUGGCCGAGGGGGUGCUUCCCAGCCCCCUGUGGGGCAGUGUGAGGAGGCACCUCUCUUUGGGGCAGGGGGGCAGCUCACAGACCAGGGGUGGCAGCUACGGCUGCCCAGAGGACUCCCAAGGAGAGGAGAGAGGAGGUUGAGGGAACACUCCACAAGGGAGGGUGUUUGAAAAAGGGCGAGAGGCUGCCAGCUCUGCAGGCAAGGGGUGACAUAGCUGAGCUCCUGCAGAAAGAAUGCAGUUGGUCAAGGGAGCCGUGGACUCAAAAAGGUUGAAAACCUCUGCAAGAAGCUAUGCAAGAAGAGAGACUCUGAUUUGCCAGCUGAGUGGAACCUCUCUAGCUUUUCUCCUCUCCCAAGCAGCUCCCUUGGUUCUCCAAAACUGCAAGCAGGACCCUUCCUUAAAUCCCCGGCAGCUGGCUGCAUGCAAACCUUCUCUUGCAAUUGCUAUGAGACAUCCAGGACCUGUCUGCUGCAAGACGUGAUAUCUCUUAGCACUGGCUAAUCCAGACCCUGUUACUUGAGUUUUCCAGCUGUUGCUCUGUCCAAGGCCACAGGUGCAGCCUAUGUAGUUGACUCACUGGCUAGGAUGCACUUUCCCAUUGCAGUCAGGUUGCCAUGCUCUUCCGGUGUCAGUGCUGUGUAAAGUGGAGAGCUGCAAGUGCUUUUAAUACACAGUUGUCUUAGGGGAUGAGGAAGAGGAAUUCCCAAUAAACCGGAUCCAGGCCAGAAACCAUCUUGGCUGUGAGAUCUGGAAGACCUGCUCCCUGCCUUGCAGGCCUUUUUCCACCUGGUCUGGAGCCCGGACUGACUCCAGCUACAAAAGCUAAGACUGCUGAACAGCCUCUUGGGCUGGGGCAUUAUUUAGUGUGUUUUGUUGAGGGGGCUUGUUGCUAUCAGUAUUAAUUUUUGUAUCUUUAUUUUAGAUCUUACUAUGAUUUAUGUGGAAAUUGUUUAAUUUGGUUGUAUAUUUUUGAUGUUUUAAUUAUUGUUUAUUACUACUUUUGUUGUUCAUAAUUAUGUAAUUUUAGAAUGUUGGAAGCAACCUUGAACAUGGUUUGAACUAUGGAAAGGUGGCAUACAAAUAUAUAUAUGUAUAUAUGCCUUAUUUUAAGUGGGGAAAGAGGUUUUAACUGAUAUGGAUUGAUUGAUUGAUUGAUCAAUUAAUGCACCACCCCUUCUCAUUUCUUGUGAAAUUGACCUGCAUUGUAAUCUGAAAAGCAGCAAACCUUUGCCCAGGUUCCUUCUGGACAAAAGCCUGAGUGCAAUAAAACAAGAGGAAAAAAUAAUGCUUAAGUGUUUGUAUAAUGUUGCUGAAUGUUCAAUUCCCAUUAUGCCUUCAAUAAUCUGUACAACACCUCUGUAAAGUAGGCCAGUAUUAUUAUCCACAUGUUGAGGGUUUGGGGUGGAGGGGCUUAGAGAAUUAUGGUUUAGUGAGUUGCCCUUGCUAGGUUUACAGACUGGUGUUAGCCACUACUAUGUAUUAAAUGUAUUUAUAUAUUGUUUUUCACGUGAACCUCAAAGCGGUUUACAGGAAUUUCUCAUAAAAAUGCAGUGAUAUGGAAAUUACAAGCGUUCAGAAACAGCUGUAACUGCUACACUAGCUCUCUUGAAUGAGUUAUGUGGAUAUGCUGUGUGUCCUCACAGUCUUAUUUAAUGUUCUUCCUGAACAGGUGCUGAGAAACUUUGAUUCAAUGAUCAGCUCAAACUGUACUCAGGAGCUGGAGCAUGGUGGUGUAGAAGUCUGGAAACAUUCUCAGGUAUUAUCUAUGUACUGUAUCACUUUCAUCAUCUGUGUGCCUAUAUUUAGGGGAGGAAUGUCUUGUUAUUUUUGUUUUAACUAUUUACUAGUGUUUUUCCUUUGUAUUUUAUCCUGUAUAGAGCCCUGAUUGUUUUUGUGGGGCUGAAUGAUCUUCUAUUGGGGCAAAGUAUGCAGAGAUGUUCCCAUCUUGUCUUGCUAUGUUGUUUGUUUUAAUGGAUUAAUACCUUUUAUUAAGCACCAGUUUGAGGAACUGUGCUUUAAUUCCUUCUAUGAGUGGUAUUAUACUUAAUGAAAGGAAAUAGCAAACAUGUAACAAAAUACUCCUCCACCCUCCUUUUUCUUCAACUUAUUGCCCAUGCUGCUUCUCUUAUUGGUGUAUUUAUAGCUGCUUUUAAUAGGGCUAGUAGCCAGAUCAUAAGCAGAAAAACAGAGCUCCUAUUUAUUGCACCUUGGUUGGUACAUUUUGGGAAAGCUGCAGCUGUCCUUAAAUCAAGGAUGAGUAGCGAUACCAGUCAGUCACACAUUCUGUAUGAAGAAAGGUUGAAUUCUGCAACUUGUAUUAAUUACAGUGGUACCUCGGGAUGCGAACGGGAUCCGUUCUGGAGCCCCGUCCGCAUCCCGAACGGAACACAAGCCGUGAUGGCGCAUCUGCGGGUCAUGUUUCGCCGCUUCUGCGCAUGUGUGUGACGUCAUUUUGAGCGUUUGCGCAUGCGCGAGCGGCGAAACCCAGAAGUAAUGCGCUCCGUUGCCAUAGAGCGCAACUUGAACGCACUCAACCCGAAGCACAUUUAACUCGAGGUAUGACUGUAUAUUAUUUGAAGGUGGCAUCUGUCUGUCUCGGGAGACAAUGAAGAGCACCUCCUGGGGUGAAAUCAAAUUGCUGGAGAAUCACAGCGCCUGCUGUGGCUGCAGAAACCAGAAACUCGUAACUGCUGCCUCUCGCAUUGUUUCUGCUGCAUUAGAAGCACCAAAGUGACCUCUCUGUGGCACCGGGGUCCUGGCCUUCCUCCCCUAAAAACAAACGAGACACUGUUCUGAAGACACAGACAGGCCCUGUCCAAUGGCCUUACAUAUUAAAUUUGAUAUAAAACUGGAAAAGGCCAAGAACAAUUAGGGCAGGUUUUUCACAUAACACUUUUUUAAAAAAAUCUAUUUUGCAUACUUUUUUCCAUAGUACUUCUUUUGCAUAAUUUAUUCUGCAUGUUUGAAGCACAGGAGCAAUGCAUGACACUCCAACCCCAUCCUCCGAUCACUGGAAAACAUAAUUGGCCAUUGCUGCGACGUCUCAAGAUUCCAGCAGCCCUUGUUGUUUUUCUUCAAACGAAAUUAAGAGAUCCCAAGGAAGCUGGGAUCUGUAAUGGUGCAACAUAAUUGUGUUUUUCUCUACAGAAUUGUGGCAGGCACGUAGCCAUGCCUAUAACUUGACAUGUCAAAUCUAAUAAAGGUUUUUUAAAAAAGAUAUUAUAACAAAUUGUGAAAUAAAUACAGUGGUACUUACACGCACCUCUGGUUACGUGUCCUUUGGGAUACGCAUGCGGCAAACCCGGAAGUCUUUUUCUGGGUUUCGCCAUGUGCACAUGCGCAGAAAUGCUCUACCGCACCACACACAUGCGUAGAACAGGCACCUCCGGUUGCGAAAACCUUGGGAUCCGACUAGAGCUCCGGAAUGGAUUCCGUCCGCAACCGGAGGUACCACUGUGGAACAAAUUUGAAGCAGGAAAUCGGGUUGAGCCCUAAAAUCCACCUUCCUUGCAGCUAGUAUUUAUGGUCAUUGUACGUACUGUUUUGCUCUUUGUCCUCAAGUCUCCUGUUUCUCAACAGGUCAAGUCGGUCACAAAGUCACCUUCAGGACUGCUGUCGGUAACUGUAACAUCCUCUCCUCCAAGUCAGAAACCCACCUUUAAAACUAUUGAGGAUGUUGAUUGUCUGUUAUGGGCCAUUGGUAGAAAGCCAAACACAGAGGGACUAAAUCUUGACCAGCAGGUGAGCAGGAAUUAUUUUAUUUCUUUGAGACAAUGUGGGAUUUUGAUACAUUGCAUAUAGAAUCUGGAUUGUAUGAUAGUUGGCAUCGUGUUGUGGUUAUGAGUGGAGCUGCAGUAUUUAGUCAGUUAAAAACUCAUUUUGUUCAGUUAGAAUGCUGUUCUGAUUAGCCUAUUAAAAAAAUAUGAAUAGAAAUACUUAUAAAAAGAGCAGACCAUAUUAGGUAACAAUUCCUCCACCCACCAGCAAAUAUUUUAUGCGAACCUACAUUUUUUCAUAGGAUUAUUGAGAUAAUACAUGCAAAGCUCUGAACAUAGUAAAUGUCAUUUAAAUGUUAUGGAAAAAAUAUCCCACAUAGCUCCUGUCACUAAGCUUACAGCUCAUGCCUGACUCCUCUGAAAUGAUUCCGUGUGUUUUGUGUGCUGAGGCUAUGUGGGAAGAAAAAGGCCUGCCUUCCCUUGUUCACAUAAUUUUUCUGAAAAGUUACACAGCUUAGAAAUAAGAGAUGAAUCAGUGCUGUUUGUCUUGGAUACUCUUUUCCCAGAAUGUCGUGUUUGACUUAAACUAUCCUUUCCAUUUUUAGAAUAUUAAGGUAGAUUCUAUUGGUCAUAUUAUUGUUGACGAGUUCCAAAAUACCAGCAGAAAGGGGAUCUAUGCUGUUGGAGAUGUAUGUGGGAAAGCUCUUCUUACACCAGGUAACAUUAAUAUGCUAUUUUGCUCAAAAGGCUUCUAUAAUGUUAUGUGGGAACUUGUGCCUGCUGCACCAAAAAUAGCUUGGGAGAGAACUGGGAGGAAGUCGGGGAAGUAAUCAAGUGGUUGCCUGGGGAUCUUUUUCUGCUCAUCAACUUCUCUGGGUGCUAUACAGAAUACUACUGCCUUUUGAUCGUAGUAAAUCUACUGCAUCAAUAAGGUCUGGGUGUGACCUCUUAGCAUCUCCCUUAUCACUGAUUUCUGAAACACUAGCAGAAAACUAAAGAAUUGUGUGGCAAUGUGACUUGUUAGAAGUCUAUCAGGUUUGCCUUUAGAUCUGCCACACCAAGUAAACAAUACAUAAGCUUUUUAGUUCCCUGUCAUAUGGAGAAUAAUUGAUGCAAAUUCUGGAGAUGAGAUGAAGUUCUAGGGCAGGGACAGGGAACCUUUGUCCUUCCAGAUGUUGUUGGACUCCGGCUCCCAUCAGCCCUAGCCAGCAUGGACAAUGGGACUUGUAGUUCCACAAUGUCUGGAGGACCAAGUGUUCCCCAUCCCUGGCAAAUAAAAAAAUUACAAAUCACUGGGUCUGGUUGUUCAGGCAUAUCAGCAAGUUCUUCAGGCAUAACAAGCAUGGGGAAUAGGGGUGAUCAAGGAGACCUUUCGUUAAAGUUCUUCAACAAAGGCUCUUGAGUAGACGUAGCAAUUGUGGGAUAAGGCGAGAUGCCCUCUUACGGGCCAGUAACUGGUUAAAAAUCAGGAAGCAAAGAGUAGGAAUAAACGGGCAGUGCAAUGGAGAGAUGUAAAUACAGGCAGCUCCCUGUUUACGCGUGUUCAAUAUAUGUGCGACUGUGAAUACAUGCAUUGCGCUGAACUCAGGACCUGGAAACGUCAUAAAGACAUCACUAAUAGGGCGGGGACGGAAAGGGGUAUUUGCAGGCUUUCUCAAUGGGUUUCAAUUAUAUGCGAUUUCACCGACAUUCGCGGUGCCUUGGGACGUAACCCCUGCGUAAAUGGGGGGCUGUCUGUAGUUCCUGGGACACAGGUGGUGCUGUGGGUUAAACUACAGAGCCUAGGACUUGCCGAUCAGAAGGUUGGCAGUUUGAAUCCCCGUGAUGGGGUGAGCUCCCAUUGCUCGGUCCCUGCUCCUGCCAACCUAGCAGUUCAAAAGCACGUCAAAGUGCAAGUAGAUAAAUAGGUACUGCUCCAGCGGGAAGGUAAAUGGUGUUUCCGUGCGCUGCUCUGGUUCGCCAGAAGUGGCUUAGUCAUGCUGGCCACAUGACCUGGAAGCUGUACGCCGGCUCCUUUGGCCACUAAAGCGAGAUCAGCGCCGCAACCCCAGAGUCGGUCACUACUGGUCCUAAUGGUCAGGGGUCCCUUUACCUUUACUGUAGUUCCUCCAUGCAGCUGCAUCCACUGGAUCACUUCAUGUGUAAGCUUGCCUGCACUGGGGCAGAUACCACAUUUUAUCAUUACUACCCUAUGCCAUGUAAAGGGGGGGGGCUGCCUGUACUGCAUGCAUCCCUUGGAGAGUAGCAAUGGACACAGUUGCCUGCUACUAUGCCCGGUGACAUGCCUAAAUUUCAUCCUUAACAGUUGCAAUAGCUGCUGGAAGGAAACUGGCACACAGGAUUUUUGACAAGAAAGAAGAUUCUAAACUUGACUACACCAACAUUCCUACCGUGGUCUUCAGUCACCCACCUAUUGGAACGGUGGGACUAACAGAAGGUAGGAUCUUAGGCCUUGUUGUCUUGCUUGUUCCUAUGGCUCAGUGGGCAAAAGAAAUGGCGCUGUAACCUUAAGCGUUUGUGACAUGCGAUACCAUUUUAUCCUUUGCUCUAGGACAUUUUCUGCCAGUGGCUUGGCAAGGCUAUAUAAAGAACAAAAGGUUGUGCCUACGUAAACACAUUGCAGAUGCUAACUAGAAUUUAGAGACUGGCUGCAGAAUUGUAUGCUUCAUCCCCUCUGCCAUUUCCCCUUGACUAUGGUGGAGGAUCCUCCUGACAUUUUCUUAAUUUGUUCAAAGCAUAAAAAACUAUAUUAGUAUGUAAAACUGGGCUGUUAAACUCUGAACGUGGAAGGUUUAAGAGUUGUGUGUUGCAAAAUUGGCAGCCCAGGCCCUCGAAACCAGGAUGGGGAACCUGAGGCCCUUCAGAUAUUGCAUGGUCAGUGGUUAGGGAUUAUGGGAGCUGUUUGAUUACAGGAGGGGGUCACCAAUCUUUUUUUGGGCCAGUGGGCAUGCCCUGCACAUGGAGGAGGGGAUGGAACCUACACCAGCCAUUGCGUAUUUGCUGACAGAGACGCUCUUUGCAGAUCUCAUCUGUUCAAAACUGGAGGCGUGUCCAUCUUGACUUCCACUGAAAUGUGGGCAUGCUUGAGAGGUGGCUUCAAUGUAGGAGAUGCCAGCCAAGUGUGAAUGGCAACUGAGUAGGAAAAAGUGUUGUACAUUAUGGUAUUUAUGAAUAACUCUCGUAGGUGCUGUAGGAAGUAUUGGUGGAUGUCCUGACACACACACCCAGCCUACAACAGCUGGAGGGCUGCAGUUUCCCAAUUCUUGCUUUAGAACACCUGUAUUUAGACACAUGUCAAAUACUUUAGUAUAGCAAUUCAGACACGUCUAGUCUGCCUUUUGGCUUUUAAAGCAAGGCAAUUAUUGCUGUGCUUUGUAGUUCCUCUUCCUUAACUAUGUAGGCUAUAUGCUUAUUUUUGUCUUACUGUUUGUCUGUUUCAGCGGAAGCCAGAACUACAUAUGGAAGCGAGAAUGUGAAAACCUAUACAACUUCUUUUAUCCCAAUGUAUCAUGCUGUAACAAAAAGGAAGAUGAAGUGUGUAAUGAAACUGGUGUGUGCAACUAAACAGGAGAAGGUGAGCAAAACGGGGAAGAAUAAAGAUUCUGUGAGCAACUAGUCUGUUUAUACUUAUCUAGACACCACACAUGGCUCUACUUUGUGCAGAACUGGCAAAUGGAGCAGUAUUGGAGAAAGAGAACACUGUAAAUAUAAGCCUAUUUUUAUUUAUGAAGAAACCUGGUUUGGGGAAUCAAUGAGAUGUCUGAUUAUAGUAUUAAAUCACCAAUGCAAAACCAAAGCCUUAAUUAACAUGUUUGUUUGUUUGUUUUUAAGGUGGUAGGCCUUCAUAUGCAAGGGUUAGGAUGUGAUGAAAUGCUUCAAGGCUUUGCUGUGGCUGUCAAAAUGGGAGCAACAAAAGCAGAUUUUGACCAGACAGUGGCCAUCCACCCAACAUCUUCUGAAGAACUUGUUACACUCCGUUGAUUUUUUUUUUUAUAAGGUGCCUAGAUGUAAUCUUCACAGAAUCAUGUUCUCCCCUCUUAAUUCAAUACAAGAUUAACUUGUCUUUUCUUACUGCAACUGAACUGUAAAUGAAAUGUUUGCCCAUCUAUCAACAAGCCCUGGAAAAUGCAGCACUGGAAUAAAGUUGCCUUAAAUCAUCUUAACAAUGUGGGAUGGAAUUGUCAUUCAAUUCUUA